AUGACUAUCAAGAGGAAAACUAAAAGUCCUUUUAAUCCUCUUAAGACUUUUAAGGAGGAAGUGGGCGUUGAGACUAUAAACAGAAAGACCUGUGUGUGUGUGUGUGUGUGUAUGUGGGUCUAUGUGUUCCUUCAUCCUCUAAUUCACACCAUGGCUCUACAACACACCCUAACAUCUGGAAUAUUCAUUUUAUUUUUGAUUAAUGCCUGUUUUUCUGUUGCCCCAGUGGAAGAAGAGGAUCCAAGGUUUUGGAACAUUAAGGGGAAGGAAGCUCUCAUCUCGGCUUUGUCUCUGAAACCAAAUGUUUUUCGAGCCAAAAACCUCAUCCUUUUUCUCGGAGAUGGUAUGGGGGUUCCAACAGUGACAGCUGCUCGGAUUCUAAAAGGGCAGCUUGCUGGUAAAAAUGGAGAGGAGACCAUGUUAACCAUGGACAUGUUCCCUCACCUGGCUUUAUCCAAGACGUAUAAUGUGGAUCAGCAGAUGCCAGACAGUGCUGGAACGGCCACAGCAUAUCUGUGUGGUGUGAAAGCGAAUUACGGAACACUGGGUCUGAGUGCUGCGGCUCGGAGGGGUCAGUGUAGCACCACCUUGGGCAACGAGGUCAAAUCAGUCCUCCACCGUGCCAGAGCAGCAGGGAAGUCUGUGGGUGUUGUGACCACCACACGAGUUCAGCACGCAUCCCCAGGAGCUAAUUAUGCCCAUGUUGCUGAUAGAGACUGGUACGGUGAUGCUGAGCUGCCUGCUAACGCAGCAAGUGCAGGCUGCAAAGACAUCUCCUACCAGCUCGUCCACAACACUGACAUUAACGUGAUUUUAGGUGGAGGGAGACAGUACAUGCUCCCUGUAGAGACUCCUGAUCCUGAAUAUCCUACAACAACCGGUAGCAGAAAGGACAAAACCAAUCUGAUCAAUGAGUGGCUUAAAAACAAACAGAAUGCCCAUUAUGUGUGGAAUAAAACUCAGCUCAAUGAUGUGGAUGAGAGAAACACAGAUUAUUUGAUGGGUCUUUUUGAGCCAAAGGACACCAGAUAUGAGCUGGAAAGGAAUCCAGAAACAGAUCCAUCACUCACAGAGAUGAUGGAAAAAGCUAUCAAGAUCCUCAGCAAGAACCCCAAUGGAUUUUACCUCUUUGUGGAAGGUGGUAGAAUAGAUCAUGGCCACCAUGCAAGUAAAGCUAAACAUGCACUGUAUGAAGCGGUGGAGUUUGACAAUGCCAUCGCCCGAGCAGCUGAGCUGACCAGUGAACUGGACACUAUGACUGUGGUCACCGCUGAUCAUUCACAUGUGUUCUCUUUUGGUGGAAACUCUGCCAGGGGCAGUCCAGUAAUGGGACUUUCUACGAAAACUGGGCAAGAUAAAAAACCCUUUACCACCACUCUGUAUGGGAAUGGACCUGGAUACCUCACUGGAGGAACACGACCAGAUCUUAACUACACUAUUACAAACAGUAAUGAUUAUGUGCAGCAGUCUGCUGUUCCUCUCUCAUCUGAAACUCAUGGUUCUGAGGAUGUGGCUAUUUUUGCGAAAGGCCCGAUGUCUCAUCUUUUCCACGGUGUUCAGGAACAGAGCUACAUCGCCCAUGCUAUGGCUUAUGCUGCCUGCAUUGAGCCCUACGCUGAUUGUUACUUACAGUUUGCUCCCGAACCAGAGCCUAAUCAUGCUGUAUCCACCCGGCUCAGCGUCUGCAUCAUGCUGCUUGGCCUCUUCACUUCUCUCAUCCAUUUCCUCUGAAGGAGCUGAACUUUAACACUGAACACUUACUCCCCCUACAGAUUGUGUAACAUAGUAAUAUUUUGGACUUUGUGUUAAACCAGUGUCCUGUGCAUAAGAUAUAAAUAUAAUAAUGAAAUGUAAUAAAUGUACAUGUAAUUAGAGCAAUCUUAUUAAUGUAUCAAUAGCAGACCCUUUAUAAAGUCUUCCAGAAAUAAUAGCUGUAUCUUUAUUGUUAACACGUUGUAUUGCAUUUUAAAGAAACUCUAUUAAAGUCUUUAUAGAAAGGUUUUCUGAAGUGAAGGCUGAAGUGUAAACGGUUCCCAGGCCAUGUACCACAUCCAUAAAUAAAUCUACAGUUAUAAAUUAUUUCAUUUUCAGAUGUCAGAAUGCUGUAUAGUAAUUAACAAUUUCCUGCAUAA